AUGACGCAGGCAUAUGAGAGUGCCGUAACCGGUGCAGCAAGAACAGAAUUGCAGCCGAGCCUCUUGCCGCCAAGUCAUGCACAAAAUAGAGCUUCGCUGGUAUCUCCUGAAGACCUAUUCAACAGUUUCACAGAUCUCAUUGAUAAUGGGCCACAUGCAGCUGAUGACAAGGACUCUAUGGCACCUUCAAUCCAGUCUCGACUUCACCCGGAAAUAUGCCCACAACCUCCACCUCUACCUCUACCUCUACCUCUGGUAUUACCUGUAUCUGAUUUGAACAUACCUCCGCCUCCUAGAUGUAUAACGGAGGAUGCCUAUGGUUUCGUCACAUCCUCGCAGCAGGAUGCAUUCAUAGACAGGUUGGCAUGCGAACAGGAUGAUAUACGGGACAUUCGAGAUAGCGUGCUAGGUUUUAGGUUCAGGCUUCGAGCUCAGCGCAGUCAGCUGAGAGAUGCACGGAUGGAGGCAAGUGAAAAAGAUGGUUCGCUUCUGAACAUGCUACGCCAGUACCUACAUGAACACGAAUUACCAGAGCAUAUCAGAACCAAGCUUGACGAGGCUUCAGCCCUUCAUGAUCGCCUUGGCCCUAUGGAGUCCAGUUACGAUGAGCUAGAAAGGGAGUAUGAUGCUCAAGAGUGGAAUUAUACGCGCAGAGAGACUAGCUUCAUUCAAACCCUCACAGAAAGUGCAUUCGUAGUUGAACAUCCUCAUCGCAGAACCGACAAUCUACCAUCGGCGAAUCCAACAUCUUUUGCGGUGAGUGGUUUGAAAGGUCUAGGAGAUGAAUCCUGGGGUGAAGGGUCACACGUUGCGAACACCAAGGAUAUAUUUAACGCAUCAGAAAAUUGGCCUCAUCUCUCCCCGGCAGAUGGUUUCCAAAUGUCAAGAGAUGAAGGCUUCAUGAGCAAUGGCGGUGGGGAAGCGCAGAACCUUCUCCAGGACAACAAAUCUCUCCAUUUGCGUAAGCGACAUGCCUGGGCUAGAAAGAUUAAAGAAAUCGACGACUGGCUUCAAGAUCAGGUGCUACAAUCACCAAUUGCCAAGAUUCGCGCCGAGCUCUGUAUGAGAAAAUUGCCACUAGAUGAUGACGCUUGGUGGCAACAGGUGAAACAGAACUGGAUGUACAAGCAUGACGGGCUCCCAGUAUUUCAUACCGGGGACUCUACAAUUUCUGAUAUCGUUAUGAGCCCCUGCACAUCGACCACGACUGAACAACUAGGUACCGGACAAGGCCAAGUGCAGACAGAAAAAAAGGAUCAAAUGGUGAGACAAGAAUCAGCGCCGGAUCUUCUAAAGCCGUUGGACAUGACAAACACUGAGAAAUCGACUUGCCAUGGAGCAUUGUCUUGUCCCCACUCUACAGAACGAGCUACAUCUGAUGCCGGCUUUGAUGUGAGAAGUCCGCAUCGGUUUCAGCGCUCCGAAAAUAACAAUCAGAGUACCCCGGCGACUCCCACGCAGAACGGUAAAGAGAGGAAGAGCCCAGUAGCACCUCUUUUACAAUCGACUUCUGUCAAUAUCGGUACACGCGGUGAAGGUGCCUGGAACGUUCACGAUCCGUCAAGACGGGCACUGGGGACUUCAGGAUCACAAUCAAACUUUUCACCCGUUGUGUCAGACUCCAUUUCACUUCUUGUAGCGCCGACAGAUCCAAUUCCCCAGCCUUCUCAAGUUAUGCUUCAGCAUAGCCCAGUCCAUAGUUUGUUAUCAACGCCUGAACUACCGGAAAGUCUUAAUCACACGCAGUGCAGAAUCAAGCUAUAG